AUGUCCACGAAUGUCCCCGACUUGUCAGAUAGUGCCUUGGAUUUGAUUGGAAAUACUCCAUUGAUAAAGCUCAAUAGGAUUCCGCAGUCUUUUGGUAUCAAGGCAAAGGUUUAUGCUAAGGUAGAGCUUUUCAACGCUGGAGGGUCUAUCAAGGAUAGAAUUGCUAAAAAUAUGGUCCUAGAGGCGGAAAAGACCGGGCGUAUUAAACCUGGCUACACUUUGAUCGAGCCUACAUCAGGAAACACUGGUAUUGGUUUAGCAUUAGUGGGAGCUAUUAGAGGUUACCGUACCAUUAUUACUUUACCCGAGAAGAUGUCUAAUGAAAAGGUUUCUGUUUUAAAGGCUUUGGGUGCUGAAAUUAUUAGAACACCAACUGAAGCAGCUUGGGAUGCACCUGAAUCACAUAUUGGGGUUGCUAAAAAGCUUCAGAAAGAAAUCCCAAACUCUGUAAUUUUAGAUCAGUAUUCUAAUGAAGCUAACCCUAGAGCCCAUUACUACGGAACGGGUUUUGAAAUCUGGGAACAGACCAAGGGUAAGGUAACGCAUGUUGUUGCAGGUGCUGGUACCGGUGGUACUGUAUCUGGUAUUUCUAAAUACUUGAAGGAAAAGAAUCCACAGAUCAAAAUUACCGGGGCUGAUCCAAAAGGUUCUAUCUUAGCACAACCGGAGUCUUUAAACGAUUCAACCGAAGGUUAUUUAGUGGAAGGGAUUGGCUACGAUUUCAUUCCUGAAGUGUUGAACCGAAAGCUUGUAGAUGACUGGAUUAAAACUGAUGAUGCCGAUUCUUUUAAGUUGGCCAGAAGGAUUAUAAAAGAAGAAGGAAUCCUCGUAGGAGGAUCCUCCGGAUCUGCUCUUCAGGCUGCUUUAGAUGUUGCUAAGGACUUGUCAGAAGAUGAUGUUGUUGUUGUUGUAUUCCCAGAUUCGAUUAGAUCGUACUUAUCUAAGUUUGCUGAUGAUGAAUGGAUGACAACCAAUGGAUUUCAAAUUGACGACUCCAAGGUUGACAACAAGAUCGAUACUUUCUUGGAUAAGAAGACCAUCAGGGAUUUGGUGUCUAAGAAAGCACCGGUUGUCACAGUUUCUUUAUCAGAUACUGUUGAGAAGACUUUCGACCUCUUGCAGUCUAACGGAUAUGAUCAGCUUCCUGUUUUGAAUAAUGCAGGCAAACUAGUUGGAUUAAUUACUCUAUCCAAAAUCUUGAAGUCUUUAUCCACGAAGAAAGUUCAAAUGAGCAACUCAAUAAGUUCUAUCAUAAUUGAUUUCCGUAAGCUUGCGGACUUUGAAAAAUCGUUCGAUAUUUCCAAAAAAUCCGGCUUCACUAAGAGAUCUUACCAAAGCAUAACUUUGGAUACUCCUUUGAGUUUAUUAAACAAAUUUUUUGAAACUAACUCUAAUGCUAUCAUCACUGAUGAGGAUUAUAAACCAAUUCAGAUAGUAACAAAGGUAGAUUUAAUAUCAUACUUGACAAAAAAUUUGGCUUAUUAG